AUGCCUGUUAUCGACAGACCUGAUAUUGACCUCGAAGGCAUGGAUGCCUGGGGAGACAAUGACCAAACUUGCAGAUGUUUGUUGUCUGUUGGUCCGUUCAUGAUGACGGGAAGACAUUCCUCACAGUCUGCAACAUUCUCAAUCUUCAAACGCAUCAACCAGCAAUCGAACCUCACACUCCACUUUACUCCAAGCUCUACCAUCAUCGUAGUGCUUCUCGACAAUUCAAACUUCGCAGCACCAACCAAUCAAACCAUCAUGUGCUUCUAUGAGCAGUAUCAGAUGUACUGUGGCGACUAUAAAUGGGGCCACUUCCGUCAGCAUUGCUCGAAGGAAUACCGCACCGGCGAGACUUGCGGUAUGAAGCUGGUCAUGAACACAAUUACCAAGCACGAGAAGUGCAAGGUCUGCUCCAAGAUCGACACCAAGAAGGGGCGUCUCGUGAAGGAGCAAGAGCGUAUCCACCGAUGGGAACAUGAACAACAGCGCGGACACCACCGUGGUGCUUCUAUCGAAAACUCACAGGGGAUAAUCGCCCAACUGGAGUGGGAGAUUCAGGAUCUUCAGUACCAGCGAAGUCAGGCUACUCUCUCAACAAGAUGA